CUGAUACCACAGUUCAGUCCGUAUAGGGAAGGACAGACACAGCGCUGGAUGUUUGUACAUGCAAUUUCUUUUUUCUGUGGCACUGAAAUGCUUGUGUCAGAUUUAGAAUGAUAUCGAAACGUGUACAGCUUUCAAAAUAAUGGAUAAUGCUUCAGCAGUUACGAUGUUCACUCUUUCAGGGAUAGGUAGGACAACAAACUACAGAGUUAUUCUCUUUGCUCUUACUUUGCUGUGUUACUGUGUGAUCUGGCUGGUUAAUGUGACCAUUAUUGUGACAAUUAUUGUGGAUAAAAGCCUGCAUGAACCCAUGUAUAUUUUCCUCUGUAAUCUUUGCAUCAACGGACUUUACGGGACAGCAGGCUUUUACCCCAAAUUCCUCCUUGAUCUUCUGUCUACUACUCAUGUCAUCUCUUAUGCUGGAUGCCUCCUGCAGGGGUUUGUGUUGCACUCUUCAGCUGGUGCUGAUUUCUCCAUUCUGGUGCUAAUGGCUUAUGACAGAUAUGUGGCUAUUUGUCGACCUCUGGCGUACCACUCUGUGAUGACCACACAAAAAAUUUGUGUGUUUGUGGUUAUUGCUUGGCUUCUUCCCUUUUACCUGCUCUUCCUGAGCACAAUAACGACAUCCACAUUGAGGUUAUGUGGCUCACACAUCCCAAAAAUCUACUGUGUUAAUACGUUGGUUGGUAAACUUGCUUGUUCUCCCUCCAUAGCUAAUGUUAUUGUUCCAGCUUUUAAUUACACAUUUUAUUUUGGCCAUUUUAUGUUUGUUGUUUGGUCUUAUGCAUAUCUGAUCAGAACAUGCCAAAGAUCCAAACAGAACAAGAGCAAAUUUAUGCAAACAUGUCUGCCACAUUUAUUCUGUUUGAUAAUUGUUGUUGUGUGUUUGCUGUUUGAUUUGUUGUACAUGAGAUUUGGCUCAAAGAACUUAUCACAAAGUGUUCAGAAUUUUAUGGCGAUAGAAUUUCUUCUCACAAUCAUCAAUCCUCUCAUCUAUGGUUUGAAGCUGACAAAAAUAAGACAUAGAAUUAAACAGUUUUUCAGUGGUAAACGUGUGUAGUACACAAUCAUCAUCAGCUCUUGUGUGUAUUUUCAGUGUAGUAACCAUUGCUGAGAUUAAAAAAUGUAUUCCCUAAACUUUAAUGCAUAUGAUAUUGAAUAUCAAUAAAUCAUUUUCUUGU